AUGGCGGCCCUCAUUAAUUCUACGGCACAAUUCAUCAAUGAUGCAUACGACUACUACCUCUGGACGCUGUCUCUCGCAGAUAAGAGGACGAGAGGAUGGCUACUGGUGGACUCGCCGAGACCAAUGUUACUGUAUACGAUGUUAUAUCUUUUCAUCGUUUGGGCGGGUCCUAAGAUCAUGAAGACGCGGAAAGCCUUCAAAUUAACAUGGGCACUGGUGCCCUAUAAUCUUGCCAUGGCCUGUCUUAAUGCAUAUAUUGCUAUUCAAUUGUUUGUAGCUUCUACGAGGUUACAGUAUAGUUACGUGUGCCAGCCAAUAAAGCACAUUACACGUCCUGAUGAACUACAGAUUGCUAACGCAGUUUGGUGGUACUACUUUAGCAAGCUUCUGGAAUUCUGCGAUACAUUCUUCUUCAUUUUGAGGAAAAAGGAUAAUCAGUUGAGCUUCCUUCACGUUUACCAUCACUCUACUAUGUUCUCGUUGUGGUGGAUCGGUAUCAAAUGGGUACCGAGUGGGUCCACUUUCCUGCCAGCGAUGGUAAACAGCUUCAUCCACGUGCUGAUGUACUCGUAUUACGGACUCGCCGCGUUAGGCCCCACGGUAGCCAAGUAUCUCUGGUGGAAGAAGUACUUGACGAUCCUUCAACUGAUCCAGUUUACGACCGCUUUGGUAUUGGGCAUUAACGGCAUCCGAUCCGGAUGCGACUUCCCUCUCUGGAUGCAGUACGCCCUGGUGAUUUACAUGGUCUCCUUUAUCGUCCUGUUCGGAAACUUCUACGCCAAAGCCUACAUUGCGAAGGGUAAACAAGUGUACGCGGAGAAGCGGCUGGAAAGGCUAAGAGCCGCCGAGGCGGCGAAGCAGCUGGACAGCGCGAUUACCAACGGAACUGUCACGAACGGACACGCGAACGGUUACACGAACGGAGUGUCCAAGAAGAAGACCCAAUGAGGCGAUCUCUCUCCCCGGGGGGUCUUCUCGUCGAGCAUCCGCGAUUCAUGCCGCUCGCGACGUAUAAUAUAAUAAAACAAAUAGUCACGGACAUUAGCAAUUGUACGGUCGGCGUCGAACGACGCGUCGCGUUCGACGGCGAAGGUAUGGUUUAAGGCAAGGAAGAAAACAGGAGAACGGGAAAGAAAGAAACUCUGCUUGGAUCCUUCUGUACACGUUUCUCGGGUUUGCGCACGCGAGGCAAAUCCGCAACGCGGAUUGCGAAACUAUCGAUCCGCGAUUCUCCUCCCAUCGGCCCGAUGACUGUACAUUCGCGGCACGCCACGCUGAUUCCAGCAACUGUAAAUAUUAAUAUACACUGGAGGCAGUCUAUAUAAAACCGAGUACAUUUUUUAGCGAUUAGCACGAUGGACCUGCAGAGCUGAGUCCGUAUAUGUAUGUUGGGGCCGUACCCGUGUGUGAGCGGAAGGUUUACGCACUUAGAAACUGAAAUAAAUAUCAAAAUGUUAUCAAAAAGAACGAUACUCCUGCAAGAGUCCGAGUAGACAAAUAAGUUUUCUUCUUAACAAAUUGUAAGCUUAUUUGGGAAAAUGGGGAAGGACAUAUUUAUAUAAAGAUUAGUAUUAUGUAUAAAAGUAGAUGAGCAAAUCAUGGAACUGGCUCUGUAGGUCUAUGCUCAAUGCAGAUUGAGCGAACGAAGAAACGCAAAAUUUCAUUAUCACUGGCGAAAGGGUAAAAUAUUUUUAACGAAAGAUUUUCUCUCUUCUCCGUGUAAUUUAUCGUGUGUCUGUUCAAAUCGCACGUGAAAGAUACAAAUGGUUUGCUCGAAAUUGAGUGUGCAGGCAAUUUACGAAAUUUUCACAAGAAAGUACGUGUCUAUGCGUGUAUUCUAAAAAUUGGCUCGAUUUAAUUUCGCAGAUAUCAUUUUCUUUGUAUUGCAUGGUUUUGUAAUAAAAACAUAUACAGUCUUGUAUAAAAAUUAAUCAAUGGAAUUACAAUCUCAGUAUAAAAGAUUUGCGGAGAUUCGUGCGCCUUUGUUAAAUGAAUGCAAUAUUAUCGAUAGAUUUUUAUUUGUUUUCAAAUGACGCAUGUAUUAUAAAAAAAAGUAUCGAUCAGUUAGACCCAGAUUUUAUACAAUACUUUUCUACAAUAAGAAAGAGAGAGAGUAAUUCAUAUGUACAUACAGACAUGACGCGUUUUCGUCGCAACGAGAACUAUGAUAGAAACUCAAAAUUAUAAAAAUAGAAGUUUUGCAAAAAAUGGGAAAUGUGUGCUACUAUUAUUUUAUCAUUCGUGUAAAUGACGAAUCGGCUUCUCAUUCACCCACAGAGAGCGCGAUUCAUAUUUUUAUCUAAAAGUUUACACAAACAAUAGUUAAUUGAUUCAUAUAAAUUAUAAGCUAAUUAUUUGCGAAGAUAAAUCAUGAUUGUUUGUGAAUCGUGUAUUUUCUUCUGAUAUAUUUUGAAUUUUUUAGAUGAUUAUAUUAAUGUUAACAUAUUUUUAAUUAUUAUAAUGUAAUGGAUGAUGCAGUUGUUAUAAAUAUGGCAUUGCUGCGCAAUGUUUAAAAAGAAGAAAUGCAUUAUGUUAAUUC